AACAAAAGCAGGCAAGAGUACCCAUGCAGCAAUAGAUGCUGCUCAAAUUGCAUUACGCCAGAACCCAUUAUGUAGCGAGCACGAUGAGACCCUUCACACCCUUAUCUACACCUAGGAGAGCAUUGGAAAGCCUGACUGAACCUCUAGAAUACCGGGAGGACGGUAGAAAGACACAAAUGACAAACGAUAGAUAGAGGAAUGAGAGUAGACACAGAAACACGUAUACACAAGCCCGAGAUGGAUAGAUAGCUACAUACAAGAUGACACACCCGAGGCGGAAUAAAGAUAGAAUAGAUAUCUGAGGAUACAGCCCAG